CAGCGCCCGCGUGUGCAGAUGACGCAGUUCCGCCAUCUUGGCUCUGAGGCUGCGGUAGGUAGCUAUUAGCUGUUAGCUCAACACGUCGUUAGUUUCUGGUUAAUUUUGUCUCCGUGAGGUUAAAGUGAAAGUGGUUCCGGUUCUUCGGGUCUGAACCUGAACCUGAAUCCGCGUUGGGGGGACUGAUGGACGGGGAAGAGGAUGACUUCAUGUCCGGGAGCCGCUCCGAUGACGGCGGUGGCACUCCGGUUCAGGAUGAACACCCGGCGUCAGACGGCGAGGACGUGAGGAGCGACAGACACGAGUCUGAGGACGAGGGCAGCAAUGAGGAGGACGCCCCUCACGCUGUGGAGACCAGCGGGGCAGCCAGCGGCUCUGACAACGAGGAGCGCAGAGGGGCCGACAGCGACUCAGAGGGUGAGGCCCCCAGGGGCCACGGUGACCACGACAAGAGUGACUCGGAGGUUGAGGCUCCUCGUCCUGCCAACAGCGACGGCGACUCCCCGGUCAAACACAGGACGAGUGGAUCAGACAACGAGGAUUCGUCACCGGUCAAACACAGAGCGUCAGAUCAUGAGGAGGGGGAGGGGUCAUCUCCUCCUAAACGCAGAGGGAGUAGCUCGGACAAAGAGGAGGGGGAGGAGGGGGCGGACCGGCCCAAAGCGGCCGCAGACAGCGACUCAGAGAACGAGGACGCCAAACCUGCGGCGCCCAACCGGUCCAAAGCCGACAGUGACUCUGACACAGAGGCGCCCGCCAGACGAAAGGCGGCACAGAUAGACUCUGAGGAGGAGGGGGAGGAAAGGAAACAGGAGGAAGUGGGAGGGGGGGCGAAGUGGAACGCUGUGAUGCAGUCUGACAGUGAGGAUGAGGAGGAGGGACGAAGGAAGAAGGCUGCAGCAGGAAGUGACGGAGAGAAGCAGGAGGAGGAGCAGAGAGACGACAGUGACGGCGAGAAGCCAGUGAAGAGGAAGAAGGCUAUCCUGUCAGACAGUGAGGAAGAGGAGAAAGUAGAUAAACCAGCAGCCAAGAGGAGUCGGGCGGUGUCGGACGAUGAUGAAAACUCGGACAGCGACGCGGCGUCGGGCGGACCUGAUAAGAGUCUGGCAGCCAAACUCAGGGAGCUCGGCUCCGACAGCGGCAGCGAGGACGAGAGCUCGAAGGUCGAGGCAGGGAACAAGGAUGAGAAGGCGCUGUUCGGCAGCGACAGCGACUCUGGAGACGAGGAGGAGAAAAUGAUCGCAGACAUCUUCGGAGAGUCUGGAGACGAGGAGGAGGAGGAGUUCACGGGUUUCAACCAGGAGGACCUGGAGGGAGAGAAGCUCCAGGCCAAAGAGAAGCAGCAGCAGCAGAUGGAGGAGGAGUCGGACUCCGACGAAGGAGUCGACCGCAGCGGCCAAGACACCAGCUUCAUGUCUGACUUCGACAUCAUGCUUGCUCGGAGGAAAGCCAUGAACAGCAAGAAGCGAAGACACCGCGACGGAGGGACGUUCAUCAGUGACGCCGACGACGUGGUCAGCGCCAUGAUCUCCAAGAUGACCGAGGCUGCAGAGGAGGAUCGAACUCUGAACAGUCAGAAGAAACCGGCGCUGAAGAAACUCACGCUGCUGCCGCAGGUCGUCAUGCACCUGAAGAAACAGGACUUGAAGGAGACGUUCAUCGACAGCGGGGUGAUGUCGGCCAUUAAAGAGUGGAUCAGUCCUCUUCCAGACAAGUCGCUGCCUGCUCUCAGAAUCCGAGAGGAGCUGCUGAGGAUCCUGCAGGAGCUGCCCAGCGUCAGUCAGGAGACUCUGAAGCACAGCGGCAUCGGCCGGUCCGUCAUGUUUCUGUACAAACACCCCAAAGAGUCUCGAUCCAACAAAGACCUGGCUCUCAAACUCAUCAAUGAGUGGUCGCGGCCGAUCUUUGGUUUGACGUCUAACUACAAGGGAAUGACGAGAGAGGAGCGACAACAGAGAGAUCUGGAUCAGCAGAUGCCUCAGAGACGACGACUGAGUCAGCCUCAGAAGGUGGAGAGGGCGGAGGAACCUGACGUCUUCUCUCCACCAAUCAGCUCCGGGGGUCAGACGCCUCGGAGAGACCUGGAGAAGCAGCUCACUGGAGAGGAGAAAGCUCUGCGACCCGGUGACCCCGGGUUCUGCGCCCGGGCUCGAGUCCCGAUGCCGUCCAACAAGGACUAUGUAGUUCGACCCAAGUGGAACGUAGAGGGCGACUCCAGCAGGGGUCCCAUGAAGAAGGGAAUGUCCCGUGUCGAUAAACAAAUGCGUAGAAUUGCUGACAUCCGCCGCCUGACGAAACCGGGUCACGCUGUGAAAAUCAGUGUUGAAGGCAACCGGAUGCCGCUCUGAUUUUAACCUCCGUAGGAUUUAUUCACUUUUUCUUUUUAAUGUUUUGUUCCUGAACACCCCCCCUCCUCCUCCUCCUCCUCCUCAGGUCCUGCCCUGCCUUGCUCAAGGGCUGAGGUCAAAGUGUGAACGUCUGCUGAUGUCACAGAUAUUUGAGAGAUUUUGACCCCCCCAGGUUUUCCAGAACCAAAAUCAGGAACCAAACGAUCCACCUCUGCCUUUUUGUUUCUGAAUGUGAAGGUGUUUUUAUUUGGCGGCGCAGACGACUUCCCGGUCCAUUUUGUCCCCUCUCUGCUGCCGUAGCAGCUGUACAGGUGUCGUCAGGACGCAGCUCACAGGAAACGCUGCGUCUGAUCUCAGAGUCUGUGAAUGUUCUGUAUCUGAUGAGGAUUUUGUUAAUAAAGUCACAAACUCUCUUCA